CAAUAUUCAUCAGUUCCACCAACCCCAACUCUCUCUCUCUCUCUUUCUCUCCGUUUGAGAUCUCAAAUUCGAAACUAAGCACCAUGGCUAUGGCAACUUCACCCCACACCCUCCUACUCAAAAACCCCAACCUCACACCUCUCAAAAACCCAAACUUUAACAACCCCAUCACCACCACCACCACCAGCACCAACACCCGUUUCAACCUCACCGCCAAACCCAUAUCAAUCAAAUGCGCCGCCACAUCUCAAACCCAAACCCCGAUCCAAGCUCCCCCACAGACCCAAACCCACCAAGAUCGAGUCUUCAACUUUGCAGCUGGACCCGCCACUCUCCCAGAGAAAGUCCUCCUCAAGGCCCAAUCAGAACUCUACAACUGGCGUGGAUCUGGUAUGAGUGUCAUGGAAAUGAGUCACAGAGGCAAAGAAUUCCUCUCUAUUAUCCAAAAGGCUGAGUCUGAUCUAAGAACCCUUUUGAAUAUUUCUGAUGAUUACUCUGUUCUAUUCCUCCAAGGUGGUGCCACCACACAAUUUGCAGCUAUACCUCUCAACCUUGUUAACCCAAACGACACUGUUGAUUUCAUUGUUACUGGGUCUUGGAGUGACAAGGCAUUCAAGGAGGCUCAGAAGUACUCUAAACCAAGCACUAUUUGGUCUGGGAAAUCUGAAAAGUACACAAAGAUUCCAUCUUUUCAUGAUUUGGAGCAAAACCCAGAUGCCAAAUUCUUGCAUAUUUGUGCUAAUGAAACCAUUCAUGGUGUUGAAUACAAGGACUACCCAAGUCCCAAAAAUGGUCUCUUGGUGGCGGAUAUGUCUUCAAAUUUCUGCUCCAAGCCAGUAGAUGUGUCUAAGUUCGGUCUCAUAUAUGCUGGGGCUCAGAAGAAUGUGGGGCCAUCAGGGGUCACUAUUGUGAUCAUCAAGAAAGAUCUGAUCGGGAAUGCACAGGAGAUCACUCCUGUUAUGCUUGACUAUAAGAUCCAUGCUGACAAUAACUCACUUUAUAAUACACCACCUUGUUAUGGGAUUUACAUGUGUGGUUUGGUGUUUGAGGAUUUGUUGGAUCAAGGAGGGUUGGUUGAGGUGGAGAAGAAGAACAAGAAGAAGGCUGAGAUUCUGUACAAUGCUAUUGAUGGGAGCAACGGGUUCUAUAGGUGCCCUGUGGAGAAGUCUGUGAGGUCAUUGAUGAAUGUGCCUUUCACUUUGGAGAAGUCAGAGUUGGAGGCUGAGUUUAUUAAGGAAGCAACUAAGGAGAAUAUGGUUCAGCUCAAGGGGCAUAGGUCGGUUGGGGGUAUGCGUGCUUCUAUAUACAAUGCCAUGCCUUUGGCUGGGGUUGAGAAAUUGGUUGCUUUCAUGAAGGAUUUCCAGGCAAGGAAUGCUUGAUUUAUAUUAAAGAUUGUAGCACCCUUUUCGUUUUUUGGCGUUUUUGUAACAUGUUUGUUGUUGAAGGUGGGUGGGUGGGGCUAGCUGGUAGUUUUGAAUUUUGAUUGUAUUGCAAGAAUGAUGAAUGAUAGUAUUGGUGUUGGUUAUCAAAAAGAUAGUAUUGGUGUUGAUGUCCAGCAAGAGAAAUUUAUUAUAGUGGUUUAGGCGUUUUUAGAUGAUUCUGUCAUGCAAUUUGCAAAUUCAUAAGUGUAUGACAGUUAUGAUUUGGUGAUUGCCAAAUUGGUUAUAUGGAUAUCUAGUUUUCAAGUUUUGAUGUUCAAUUCAAUAAAGAAAGAUCCUGUUCUUCAUA